AUGAUAGAUCUUAUUAUAAAACCUGUGUUUUAUUUUGAAAUAGCUGUAAUUAAAUUAUAUAAUUAAAAUAUAUAUUACAAAUCAAAAGAAUCUGCUAUUCAUAAAUUAUAUUACAAUUCUAUUUGUUUCUUAGGAAUACUCAAUACUUCAUUAUUCUCAUAAUAAAAUGUAUAAUUAUAUCAACCUAUGGAGAAUGUUUUAAAAUAAAUCAUUAAAUUAAAUACUCAAAUUCCAUCCUUUUAAUAAGCCAUUUAAUCAAAUUUUGCUAAUAUGUAAUUAUUCUAAAAUUAUUAAUAUGAAAAAUACUAAUAUCUAUUUGGAAAUAAUAAUCUUAUUAUAAUUAAAUUAAUAGAUGUAAUCAUAAGAUUCAAUAAUUAAGAAUUGAUAGACCUAUUAUUUGAUUAUANAUAAUUGAUUAAGUUAUUAUGA